CUCUAUCGACUCAGGAAAGACUUAUUUCAUUUAGAUAUAGGUCCCUAAGAGCCGCUGAGCUUCUGCAGCGUGAACAGAGGUAUUUAAAAGGUGGUAACAAGUUUUUAGGUUUUCAAUGGUGAAUUUUCACUAAACACUGUCUAAAUCAUAAAAAAUUCAUAUCUUGCAAAAGCUUUGGUUUAUAAGCCUAAAAGUGUCACAGUGAGUAGACAACAUCUAUCUUCAACUGUGGUGUAAAUUUCCGACUCCUAGCUGAUCGUGGUCGUGAGCUAUUAAUUAAUUAUUAUUAAUGGCAUUUUCAUUAAUUAACUCAUAUCUCCGUCAAAAAGGCGCAUGGACCCAAACCAACUUGGGAUUUUUCACUACUGACUAUUCCCUACAUGAUGAAAAUAGUCUGAGUCGAAAAGCUUUUAAUCACCUCGAGAGGUUCCCUCGUCAGUCAAACUCGUAUUGUUCAAAAUUAUUUUAUUUAUUAGACUUUAAAAAUUUCUUGUCAUAUUAACACAUCGAUUAAGAUAUCAUAACUGUUAAUAAUUGUAGAAGAUCUCUUUCUAACUAUAAAGUUAAAAUGAUAGUUCUAUUUUAAAUGCCUGGUAUCGCUCGUUUCACAUUCAUUGUGAAACGACGAAUGCCCAGGCUAGAUAAAAUUGUUGAAGAAUUAAGCUCAUCUAUUCACGUGUUUAAGGUGAUCCUGAGACUUCGAACAGAUCAUAUUUUAGUUGUUAAAACAAGAAAACUAUACUUAUGACUUUUUCAUGUAUAUAAAUCUUACAAUGUUUUAUUUUUUUUUGUGAUUUAGGCUUAUUCUAUUUUCUUGGCUCAAUCGUCAAUUUUAGUCAAGAGCCUGAAGUUCAUUUUAAAUAUAUCCAAGCAGCAUGUAAAACCGGACAAAUCAAAGAAGUCGAACGUAUUUGUCGAGAAAGUAAUUGUUAUGAUCCGGAACGUGUUAAAAAUUUUCUUAAAGAAGCGAAAUUAACUGAUCAAUUACCAUUGAUUAUUGUUUGUGAUCGUUUUAAUUUUGUUCAUGAUCUUGUACUCUAUUUAUAUCGAAAUAAUUUAAUGAAAAAUAUUGAAAUUUAUGUACAACGGGUUAAUUCUGGACGACUUCCCGUUGUUGUUGGUGGUCUUCUAGAUGUUGAUUGUAGUGAAGAUAAUAUCAAACAAUUAAUAUUGUCUGUUCGAGGAAAUUUUAAUGUGGAUGAACUAGUUGAAGAAGUUGAAAAACGCAAUAGAAUGAAAUUGUUGCUACCAUGGUUAGAAACACGAGUACAUGAUGGAUCAACUGAUCCGGGUGUUCACAAUGCAGUUGCUAAAAUAUACAUAGAUUCAAAUAGCAAUCCGGAGAAAUUUUUACGUGAUAAUCUACAUUACGAUAGUCGUGUAGUAGGAAAAUAUUGUGAAAAAAGAGAUCCACAUUUGGCAUGUGUUGCAUACGAACGUGGUGGUUGCGAUAUGGAAUUAAUUAAUGUUUGCAAUGAAAAUUCAUUAUUCAAAAGUGAAGCACGCUAUUUGGUUCGUCGUAAAGAUCCUACUUUAUGGGAACAAGUAUUACGUGAAGAUAAUCAAUAUCGCCGUCCUCUAAUUGAUCAAGUUAUUCAAACUGCAUUAGCUGAAACUCAAGAUCCCGAAGAAAUUUCAGUUACCGUUAAAGCAUUUAUGACAGCCGAUUUACCAAAUAAUUUAAUUGAAUUAUUAGAAAAAAUUGUUAUUGAUAAUUCAGUAUUUAGUGAACAUCGUAAUUUACAAAAUUUACUUAUAUUAACAGCAAUCAAAGCCGAUCGUUCACGUGUCAUGGAUUAUAUAAAUCGUUUGGAUAAUUAUGAUGCACCAGAUAUAGCAAAUAUUGCUAUUAGUAAUCAAUUGUAUGAAGAAGCAUUUUCAAUCUACAAAAAAUUUGAAGUUAAUACAUCAGCUAUUCAAGUUUUAAUUGAUAAUAUUAAUAAUUUGGAUCGAGCAUAUGAAUUUGCAGAACGAUGUAAUGAACCAGGUGUAUGGAGUUUAUUAGCGAAUGCACAAAUAAGAAAUGGUCUUGUAAAAGAAGCUAUUGAUUCAUUUAUCAAAGCCGAUGAUCCAACAUCAUAUUUAGAAGUUGUUAAUGUUGCAAGUCAAAAUGAUAAUUGGGAAGAUUUAGUUCGAUAUUUACAAAUGGCACGCAAGAAAGCUCGAGAAACAUUCGUCGAAACAGAAUUAGCGUUUGCAUAUGCUAAAACAAAUCGACUUGCUGAAUUAGAAGAGUUUAUAUCUGGACCAAAUCAUGCUCAAAUACAAAAUGUUGGUGAUCGUUGUUUCGAAAAUGGCAUGUAUGACGCAGCAAAAUUAUUGUUUAACAACAUAUCAAAUUAUGCUAAAUUAGCUGUUACAUUAUGUUAUUUGGGUGAUUAUCAAGGAGCGGUUGACAGUGCAAGAAAAGCCAAUUCAACAAAAACAUGGAAAGAAAUUUGCUUCGCUUGCAUUGACAAACAAGAAUUUCGUUUGGCACAAAUGUGUGGUGUUCAAAUAGUUGUUCAAGCUGAAGAAUUAGAAGAACUUAUCAAUUAUUAUCAAAAUCGUGGCUAUUUUGAAGAAUUAAUCCAAUUGUUAGAAGCAGCACUUGGACAUGAACGUGCACAUAUUGGAAUGUUUACUGAAUUAGCUAUAUUGUAUUCAAAAUAUAAACCACAAAAAAUGCGUGAACAUCUCGAACUAUUUUGGUCUCGUGUUAGAAAACCAAAGGUACUUCGUGCCUGUGAACAAGCACAUUUAUGGUCUGAAUUGGUAUUUUUAUAUGAUAAAUAUGAAGAAUUUGAUAACGCUAUUCAAACAAUGAUGUCUCAUCCAACAGAAGCGUGGCGUGAAAAUCAUUUUAAAGAUAUUGUUGCUAAAGUAGCCAAUAUUGAAUUAUAUUAUAAAGCAAUUGAUUUCUAUCUUGAAUUUAAACCAAUGUUAUUAAACGAUUUAUUAUUAGUUUUAUCGGCUCGUUUGGAUCAUACACGGGCUGUCAAUUAUUUUAUGAAAGUCAAACAAUUACCAUUAGUUAAACCUUAUUUACGAUCAGUACAAAACAUCAAUAAUAAAGCAAUUAAUGAAGCAUUAAAUAAUUUACUAAUCGAAGAAGAAGAUUAUCAAGGUUUAAGAAAUUCGAUUGAUGCCUAUGAUAAUUUUGAUAAUAUAUCACUGGCACAACGUUUGGAAAAACAUGAAUUGAUUGAAUUUCGACGUGUGGGUGCAUAUUUAUAUAAAGGAAAUAAUCGUUGGAAACAAGCUGUUGAAUUAACGAAAAAAGAUCGCUUGUACAAAGAUUCAAUGACAUAUGCUGCUGAAUCUCGACAAGUUGAAAUUGCCGAAGAAUUAAUAGCAUGGUUUCUUGAUGAAAAAUUAUUUGAAUGUUUUGGAGCAUGUUUAUUUCAAUGUUAUGAUUUAUUACGUCCUGAUGUUAUCUUAGAAUUAGCAUGGCGUCACGAUAUUAUGGAUUUUGCCAUGCCCUAUAUGAUUCAAGUGAUGAGAGAGUAUAUAUCAAAGGUCGAUAAACUUGAACAGUCAGAUCAAGUUCGAACCGAAACAGAAACAGCAAACGAUCAAAAACCUAUUGUAUUUGGUGAUACUCAACAACUGAUGUUAACAGCUCCUGGAAUGAAUUUUGCUCCAGUUCAACAAGCCUAUGGCGGAUAUCCCCAAUUUGGUGGUGCAGCACAUGACUUCAUUUUUUGUACAUAUGCACGUGACAUGGCAUUCCAACAAGAAUAUUUCAGUAUACCACCAAUUACCAGAGCAUAUACAACAACGUGUGUUAUCACAACAAUAGCCGUUCAAUUAGAGUUUAUAAAUGCUUAUCAGUUAUAUUUCAAUCCAGAAUUAGUAUUCAAACGUUUUCAGUUAUGGAGAUUGAUAACAAAUUUUUGUUAUUUUGGACCUUUUGGAUUUAAUUUUUUUUUUAACAUUUUAUUUACAUAUCGUUAUUGUCGUCAUUUGGAAGAAGGAAGUUUUCGUGGACGAGCAGCUGAUUUUUUAUUCAUGUUUCUAUUUGGUGGUACAUUAAUGAUUCUAAUGGCAUUAUUUGUAAAUAUUGUAUUUUUGGGUAGUGCAUUAACAAUUAUGCUCGUUUAUGUUUGGAGUAGACGAAAUCCAUUCGUAAGAAUGAAUUUUUUUGGACUUUUAAAUUUUAAUGCUCCCUAUCUUCCUUGGGUAUUGUUUGCCUUUUCGCUCUUAUUAGGCAAUUCAGUGAUUGUUGAUCUUAUGGGCAUUGCUGUUGGUCAUGCAUACUAUUUUCUUGAAGAUAUAUUUCCUCGAGAACAAGGUGGAUUCAAAUUACUCAAAACACCAAGAUUUUUACAUUGGUUAUUUGAUGAUAAUACAAACCGUGAUGAACCUGAAGCGAUGCCAAAUGCCGAGGUUCCAUUUGGUGCCGGUGGUUUUGUUUGGCAAUGA